AUGAGAGGCUGGCUUCGGACUCUAGGCUUGACUGCCUUGCUGGCAGGAAGCGUGCUGGCAAAUGAAGUCGAACUGACACAAGAUGAAGCCCAUCGACAGCGUUGUUCGGGAAUGUAUAGUCGCAAAGCUUGGGGUGGAAGUGUCGAUCCCUUCAUCUUGACCAAAUUCGUCCAAGAACCCCAGUCCGGUGAUAGCGAUCCUCUCGUCAGUCUCGUCAUAUUCGAAUGGACCGAUGAGAAUCUCAUUGGCCGGCCUGUACCAGGCGACUCUGGGGAAAGGGAAACCAUCUGUGAUGAGGCCAGUGUGCAGGCGAACCUCUGCUCGGAAGACGAAGUCGGCUCUUUCAUUCUUGCCUCGAAUGUCACCGAGGCCGCCAAAUUUCCCAUCGUUACCAAAGCAAUCCACCUUAAUGAUCCCGCGGCCAUCAAUUAUCCUAUCAAAAAGACUGGAUUCUAUUGUGUGAGCACGUACGGAUACUCCGGCGUGGACUACAAGGCCGUGAUCGAGUUCAGAAACUCGUACGGUGAACUUCCAGCUGCGCAGAUCGCAAAGCUACCGUUUUAUGGUGGCUUGACUAUCGUCUACGCAGUUGUCGGUCUGUUUUGGGCAUUCCUCUACGUGCAGAACCGUCACGAUAUCUUGCCCGUUCAAAACUACAUCACCGCGAUCCUUGUUUUCCUCAUUGUAGAGCAGUUGAUGACAUGGGGCUUCUACGACUACCAAAACCGCAAUGGCUUAAAUACCGGCGCAAAGGCAUUGAUGGUUAUAGUUGCUGUACUGAAUGCGGGACGUAAUGCUUUCUCAUUCUUCCUCUUGCUGAUAGUGUGCAUGGGAUACGGCGUUGUCAAGCCGUCGCUCGGUCGGACGAUGAUCUACGUUCGUAUCCUUGCCAUCACCCACUUCAUCUUCGCUGUGAUAUAUGCUGUCGCCAGUCUAUCGAUCACCCCGGACAGCGCCGGUCCACUCGUCUUGCUCAUCGUGCUUCCUCUUGCUGGUACACUGACGGCCUUCUACGUGUGGACUUUGAACUCUCUGAAUGCGACCAUGAAGGAUCUCAUUGACAGAAAGCAGAAGACGAAAGCCAUGAUGUACAAGAAGCUUUGGUGGUGCAUUCUCGGUAGUAUCAUCGUUAUUUUUGGGUUCUUCUUCAUCAACUCUAUCGCCUUUGCAGGACGCAGCGAGGCCAGCUUCGUACCGGAGCACUGGAAGUCCAGAUGGUUUGUGCUGGAUGGCUGGCUGAACCUGGUGUACUUCUUUGACAUCGGAUUCGUUGCCUAUCUGUGGCGUCCCACUGCUAACAACAGACGGUUCGCUAUGAGUGACGAGAUUGCGCAAGAUGACGACGGGUUCGAGAUUCGUUCCUUCGGUAGCGCAUUGGAUGAAGAGGACGCUUUUGGUGGACCCGAAGAACCUUCCGGUUCGGAGCAGCGUCGUGACCUGUCACCUGUGCCUCCCAAGCCUGUUCCUGCAGCCCCGCGUCAACGGGAGUCUUUGGACGGUGAGACCAUCUUCGCUGUCGGCGAAGACGGGGACAAAUGGUCCGACGACGAAGACGAGUCGCCGCGUAACUCCGGCGAACGAGAGCGGCUUACUGGCAAGCACAAGGACUAA